AUGUCGCGCCUCUUCGACGGCCUGGAGCUUCCAGCUUCAGCAGACUUUCAUGUUCAUCUCCGACAGGGGACGAUGAUGGAGACCGUCACGCCCACAAUCGCAUCAGGUGGUGUCGACACAGUCUAUGUCAUGCCAAAUCUCAUUCCACCUAUCGACACCGUCGACAAAGCCUUGACCUACAAGCAAAAACUUCAGUCUCUCGCUCCAGACGUGUAUUUCCUCAUGUCUCUCUACCUCUGCAACGCCAUCACCCCAGACGUGAUCCGCGAAGCCGCCCGUGCCGGCAUCCGCGGCGUCAAAUCCUACCCCGCCGGCGUGACCACCAACUCGGCCUCCGGCGUCGUCGACUACGAGUCCUUCUACCCCGUCUUCGCCGCCAUGGAAGAGCACGGCCUCAUCCUCAACCUGCACGGCGAAUCGCCGCCCGCGCCCGACAUCACGGUCCUCAACGCCGAAGAGACCUUCCUGCCCACCCUCACGGAUCUCCAUAGGCGGUUCCCAAAGCUGCAGAUCAUCCUCGAGCACUGCACGACGGCAAAGGCAGUCGAAGCCGUCAAGGCCUGUGGGGCGAACGUGGCCGGCACCAUCACCGCGCACCACCUGAGCCUGAUCGUGGACGACUGGGCCGGCGAUCCGAUCAACUUCUGCAAGCCGGUGGCGAAGCUGCCGGCCGACCGCGUGGCGCUGCUCAGGGCGGCCGUGAGCCGGUCGCCCAAGUUCUUCCUCGGUACGGACAGUGCGCCGCAUCCGUUGAGGAGCAAGAAGGGCGGCGUGGGUAAUGAAUGCGGGAAGUGCGCGGCCGGGGUGUUUACGCAGCCAUAUGCGACGCAGAUUGUGUUGGAGGCCUUGGAUGAGGCGGUGGCGAAGGGACUGUUGUCAAAAGACGAUGUGGGAGAGGAGGUGCUAAGAGGGUUCUUGGGUGAGGCGGGGAGGAAGUUUUAUGGAGUCGAGGCGAGUAAGAGGAAGAUCAAGGUCACGGCUGGAAAGGAGACAGUGGUGGAGCGCUUGAGCUUGAAUGAAGCGGGAAAGGAGGUUGAUGUGGUGGUGCCGUUCCGACGGGGUACGUCGGUAUACUCAUUGGCUUGGUUGUGA